AUGGGGGAUAGGGUAUCUUGCAAUAUCUUCAGAACUCUCCCACCUAGUGACAGCAAUGAAUUUGAUCCAGAAGAAGAUGAGCCCACCUUGGAGGCAUCGUGGCCACAUUUACAGCUUGUAUAUGAGUUUUUCAUACGAUUUUUGGAAAGCCAAGAAUUUCAGCCCAGCAUUGCCAAAAAGUACAUAGAUCAGAAAUUUGUAUUGCAGCUGUUGGAGCUGUUUGACAGUGAAGACCCUCGAGAACGAGACUACCUAAAAACAGUCUUGCACAGAAUUUAUGGCAAGUUUCUGGGUCUUAGAGCAUUUAUCCGAAAACAGAUUAAUAAUAUUUUUCUACGAUUUGUUUAUGAAACUGAACACUUCAAUGGCGUAGCAGAACUGUUGGAAAUUUUAGGAAGUAUUAUCAAUGGUUUUGCUUUACCUCUUAAGGCAGAGCAUAAACAGUUUCUGGUGAAGGUGCUGAUUCCUUUACAUACUGUCAGGAGUUUAUCACUCUUCCAUGCACAGCUGGCAUACUGCAUAGUACAGUUUCUGGAGAAAGACCCCUCACUCACAGAACCAGUCAUUAGAGGUUUAAUGAAAUUCUGGCCGAAAACCUGCAGUCAGAAAGAGGUCAUGUUCCUAGGAGAGCUGGAGGAAAUCUUGGAUGUAAUUGAACCGUCACAAUUUGUCAAAAUCCAGGAACCCUUGUUUAAACAAAUUGCCAAGUGUGUCUCUAGCCCUCAUUUCCAGGUGGCUGAAAGAGCACUGUAUUAUUGGAAUAACGAAUACAUCAUGAGUUUAAUAGAGGAGAAUUCAAACGUUAUACUUCCCAUCAUGUUUUCCAGCCUUUAUAGGAUUUCUAAAGAACACUGGAAUCCGGCUAUUGUGGCUUUAGUCUACAAUGUGUUGAAGGCAUUUAUGGAAAUGAACAGCACCAUGUUUGACGAGCUGACAGCCACUUACAAGUCAGAUCGUCAGCGUGAGAAGAAGAAAGAGAAAGAGCGUGAAGAACUGUGGAAAAAACUGGAGGAUUUGGAAUUAAAGAGAGGUCUUAGACGUGAUGGGAUAAUUCCAACUUAACAAAAAAACAAAACAGCAUUAUUAACCUGUGGAGUCACACAUUUAUGUAGUAGAAGAUGGAGCAACAGUUUUCUGUAUUGUGCAACUUUACAGUAGAUUUCACAUUUGUUUCAUUAUUACAACAGCACUGUAUAUACCUGUCUCUAAGUAAAGGAAAAAAAAUAAGGACUUUAAUCCAAAGUUUGGACAGCAGAUGGACUUCUCAGAACUUUGCAAACAUAAUCAUUGUUUUAACCCUUCUUAAAACCAGUCUUCAAAGAUCUGUUGAUGAAAAUUGCGAUGUCAAAUUCCAUUGUCAGGACCUGUUCCUUAUUUAUCGUUAGCAGAGAGUAUAAUAUGACUUUCAAAUGUGAACAAUCUUAAAAUUUAGCUUGUCUUUCUGCUAAACUGUUAAGUGUAUUUAUAGUAAGGGAGAAAAAAGACUGUCAUUUCCGUAUGAGUUUGUGUAACAUCCUCCUUCUCUGGAUAACUUUACUGUAAUUUGACUUUUUUCCUUUUGCACAUCUUCAUAAGUUGAAUGUCCAUUCACAUCAGGACCAUGAAAAACAUUGGUCCUGAAUAAAAGUUUUGUUUACUGGUGUGAGCAUUUUUUUAGUACCAGGCUGUCUCUGGUGUUUCCUUAAUCUGAACAUUAGGAGUUAAAAAACAAGUAGGUGAUAAACAUAGUAGGAAAGGGAGCUUUGGAUUCACGCACCUAUUUAUUACAAAUCCAAAUUAGUGUCCACAAUCCUUUAAAAACGGGCAGUGGUAACACCCUGGACUUGAGUACCUAACCAGUAUUAGUGAUACGGUAUUGGACACGCACACCGGAGUUGUUUUAGAAAUACUAAUUGCUAAAUUAUUAAAAUAUCUUUUCUUGGACCAUUUCAAAAGAAUAAAGACAAACGCUAAACAGUGCAAGCAUGAAAUCGAUCUCCAGUGGUCAUGGAUCUAAUUGGAAAUUUUGUUGAGAUAGCCGUUUGGACUGUUUGGAGUUGUUGCCUUACUUUUUAAUAUGUAUUUAUGAAGUGUUCCAGCAAAAGAGGAUGUAGCCUCUAAGAAACAUACUAUAGUGUUUUUGUCGUUCUAGUACUAUUAUUCAUCACAGUACCAGCCCUAUUGUCUUAGCUGGAGAGGAUUCUGGAUAAUAUAUUUCUGCAUUCUCAUCUGGAUGCUCAUUCCUAACUACUGUAUUUGUUACCAAAAGUGGUUCUACAAAUGCUACUGAAAAAAAUUCUGGAAAUCCUAAUGUUCUGAGUAUUAAUAAUAAAGUUUAAAAUGCUUUUAUAUCAAA